CUGCAAAGGAGCGCUGUGGCUUCUGGUAGAUCAAAAUCUGUAAGGUCAGCGUAUACCUAUGGUUUUAGGAUAACCCUGAGAAAGAUAUGUUGAUGGCUAGCAUAAGAAGUCUCAUGUCGAAGCCAGAUUAUGACAUGAAUGCAAGAAACAUGUUGAUGGAGAGGAAGAAACUUUCAAGGGUGUUUUCUGAGGAUUAUGAUGCCUCGAAAAGAAAGAUAUUCGAUCCCAGGGAACCAAGAGUAAACAGAUGGAACAAAAUGUUCUUAGUAGCAUGUUUGAUUUCACUAUUUGUGGAUCCCUUCUUCUUUUACUUGCGAGAGGCUACGAAAGACAAGUGCAUUGCUAUAUCUACCGGACUCGAAGUUUCCCUUACCACAAUUCGGUCCAUGGUCGAUGCGUUUUACAUCAUCCAUGUAUUUAUUCGGUUUCAAACUGCCUACGUCGCUCCUUCCUCUCGUGUUUUUGGUAGAGGAGAGCUAGUUAUAGACCCUACAAAGAUUGCAUCAAGGUACUUCCAAAAACACUUCUGGCUUGAUCUUCUGGCAGCCCUCCCUCUUCCCCAGGUGUUGAUUAUAGCUGUAAUUCCAAAUCUAAAAGGGUCACAAAUGAUGGCUUCAAGGCAGAGUCUGCGCCUUGUGAUCAUUUUCCAGUACCUAUUGAGGUUAUAUCAUAUCUUCCCUCUCUCAUCUGAAAUAGUCAAGGCAAAUGGAGUAAUGAUGGAAAAAACCUGGGCUGGGGCAGCAUAUAACCUUAUGCUCUAUAUGCUAGCAAGUCAUGUCUUAGGAUCCUCCUGGUACCUGUUGGCAGUCGAAAGGCAGGAUGAGUGUUGGAAAAAAGCUUGUAAUCUUGAGUUCCCAUAUUGUCAAUACCGGUAUCUUGAUUGUCAAAGUACAAGUGAUCCAGCCAGAGCAGCCUGGUUUAGAUCAAGCAACCUGUCAACUUUAUGUGAUAAGAGUAGUGAUUUCUUUCAGUUUGGUAUUUUUGCCGAUGCUCUCACUUUGGAAAUGGCAGACUCAAAGUUCUUAAGCCGAUAUUAUUAUUGUCUUUGGUGGGGCCUGCGGAAUCUCAGCUCUCUGGGACAGAAUCUCCUAACCAGUACUAACGUUGGAGAGAUAAAUUUUGCUGUGAUUAUUGCAAUUCUUGGGUUGGUGCUUUUUGCACUUCUAAUAGGAAAUAUGCAAACGUAUCUGCAAUCAACUACUUUGCGAUUGGAAGAGUGGAGAAUAAGACGCACAGACACAGAGCGAUGGAUGCAUCAUAGGCAGUUACCUCAUAACUUGAAGCAAAGUGUGAGACGCUACGAGCAAUUCAGAUGGGUUGCUACACGAGGAGUUGACGAGGAAUCCAUCCUUCGGGACCUGCCUGUUGAUAUCAGACGCGACAUCAAACGCCACCUGUGUCUCAACCUCGUCCGACAAGUACCCCUGUUUGAUCAGAUGGACGAGAGGGUGCUCGACGCCAUAUGUGAAAGACUGAAACCUUCUCUAUGUGUUCAAGGAACUCUCCUAGUUCGCGAAGGAGAUCCUGUGACUGAAAUGAGUUUUGUCAUUCGAGGACGUCUAGAUUCUUGUACCACUAAUGGUGGCAGAAGCGGGUUCUUCAAUUGUUGUAGGAUCGGACCAGGUGAUUUUUGCGGCGACGAGCUUUUGCCAUGGGCCCUGGACCCACGUCCAAGUGCCGUUCUUCCUUCAUCAACUCGCACAGUGAAAGCCCUAACAGAAGUGGAAGCCUUCGCGCUCAUAGCCGAAGACUUGAAGUUUGUGGCAGCUCAGUUCAGGAGGCUACACAGCAAGCAACUGAGGCACACGUUCAGGUUUCACUCACAUCAAUGGAGGACGUGGGCUGCUUGCUUCAUACAAGCGGCUUGGUUUCGAUAUAAGAGAAGGAAAGAGGCGAGCGAGCUAAAUCAUCAUAUGGUGGAUGCUAGGGAAACUAGGGUGGAACAUUUCUCUGCACCUUUGCACUUGCAACCUCGAAUAGGUUCGAGUACUACCAUGUAUAAAGCGGCCAAUUUGAUAUGCAGCCCAAGGAAAGGUGGAAGCUUGCGAUAUGCUUCUGAAUUUGAUAUUCUUGUUUCACUCAGGAAGCCUCUUGAACCUGACUUCAGUACUGUUGAAGACUGAUCAAGUGUAUGGCUUGCGAUUGUUCGUGGUGCUAUUCAUCGAGUCUGAGCGGUUCAGUAUUGUAAAUUUUUGUAAUCCUGUAGUGUUUCUGUUUUACGUCAAUUGAAAUAACUAUCAUCACGCAUGUCGUUUGAAUUACUAGCAUGAAAUAGUCAGCUUGGAGAACUUCUCCCUGGUGUUACUCAACAUACUCCAAUUUCAUUCAAUAAAACUUAUCAUUUGGAUCGGAUGACAA